AUGUCGGAGAACAAUAAUAGAGGCUCUUCCGAUGUCCGCGAUGAAAUGGACCCCGUGGAGGAGGCUGGAGACUCGUCCGUUAUUCACAGCACGGUCGGCCCUCAAGAAGACAACAGAGAAAGCCCCGACGUCUCAGCUCAACAUAUCCAUGACGACGAAAGCGGACAAGACUCUACCAUUGAAGAAGAUGCCACCGCUGAAGAUGAUCGGAUAGCGACUGAAAGACUCAAAAAUUCCAUUGUCGACAAUGAUGAGGAUGAUGUUGUCUCGAUCCUCCAGAGUAACCCAGAUGUGCUCGAAGCGAAAUUUGAUUUCAUCUUUGAGCGCGAACAAUUCAACGAGCUUACAGGGGAAGCACUGACCCCUCUGGUUCUGGCGGCGGGAUUGGGUCAACGUAAUAUCGUGGACAUUCUUAUGGACCGAGGUGCCGAUUUUGGUACACGAACUAGGGGUGGUCAGUCUCCUUUCUUCAUGGCCACUCACUUCGACCAUCGAAACACCGCCACUCAAAUUCUUGAGAAAGGAGGGAAUGAUCUACUCGAGUUUAAGAAUAGUUGGGGUGUGAGUCCUUUGCUUGAUGCGGUCUUUGGGGCGCGGCAUGAAACACUUGCAUAUCUUCUGCAUAAGGGCGCAAAGAUCACCAUCAAAGAUCUAGAGGAUUCUUUUAGGAGAUUUUCAAGUCAAAUCUCGGACAAAGCAGAGCUUUCUGCCGCUCUCUGUGGAUGCUGGAGUGCUUUCGGCGAUUUCUUCCAAGACAAUGUACCAUGGGGCAGCAACAAUCAGGGGAAUACGGCACUGCAUCUCGCAUGCAUGGGAAUUUUGAGGGGAAGGGUCGAUGUUAAAAAGCUCGAAUACAUGCGAAUCAUUAAUGCAUUGUUGACGGAACAUGGCGGCCUCCUAGAGAAAUCAAAUGAUGCUGGGGAAACACCACUUCUGACUGCGGCUUGUUGGGGAUACUGGGAGGCUUUUGAAUAUCUGGCUAGGAAAGGUGCCAAUCUUUCUGCCCAGAACUCCAACAAGGACACUGCAUUGCACCUCGCCUGUAAAGGAACUAUGGGAAGCCUGUCUUGUAUCCCAGGUCCUCAGCAUACGCAAAUUAUCGGAAUGUUACUACAAUAUAAAAUCGAUAUCAUGGAACAACCAAACGAAUCAGGGGAAACACCGCUUCUUGUUGCGGCUCGCUGUGGUCAGUUCGGGAUUGUGAAGCUUCUCUUGGACAAGGAAGCAUACCAUCUAGCGUCAGACGAUGAGGGAAACACGGUGGUUCAUCUAUGCUGUCGAUUCCAAGAGGAGGAUACGAAUCCUCCUACAAAUCCGCAAGGUUGUUUGAACUUGGUCAAAAGAAUCGUGAAGGAUCACCCUGAGCUUUUAGACAAACGGAACAAUGACGGUGAGACCCCGGUUCUUAUUGCAGCUAUGAAGGAUCAUUUGGGUCUGGUCGAAUUCUUUCACAAGCAGAAUGCGAAUAUUGAGAGCAGGGAUGUGUGGGGAUUUACCCCUCUACUCAACUCUACUUUCAGCAGUUCAACCUCCGUCAUGCGAUACCUUUUGAACGAUAACGCAGAUUUGACAGCGAUAACAAACUCCCAAAACAAUAUUCUCGAGAUUGCUUGUCAAGAACCCAAUCCCGAUGUUAUUCAAAUCAUUCUCAGACUCCAGCGCGAUCAAUUGAGACCACUCGCAAAUGGAACUAAUAAGUCGGGACAAACGCCAUUGAUGACGCUUAUCGAGACUGGAGAUCAGGAAUGUAUAGUUCUACUAUUGGAAUCACACAUCUACGUUCCUGACGAUCCAUGUCUGGAUGAAAUACAUUACUCACCGGAGCCUGAACGAGGGAUUGUCUCGUCGUGGCUUUCAGAGGGACUUGACGAGAAAAACGAAGAUACAACCAGAUUUUCAACCUUCAAAGCCAAGAUUGACUUUGUUAUCUACUGGGCCCUUUCAAAUGGUGACAAUAACCUGCUCAAGGUCGCCAUGAAGCACAUCACGUCUAUUGAACUCGAAAAAGGAAACACAUGGCUUCAUUUCUUCGCACGUGUUGGUAAUAUCCAGAGCCUGAAUUUAUUGAAGGACUGGGAGUCCUACGUCUUGCAAGUGGGGACCAAGAAGAUGACUCCGCUUCAUCUUGCAGCAAGUAGAGAAAACACUGAUCUCGCUGAAAGGUUUCUAGAUUCACUUCAUACGGAAGGAGAUUCGGCGGAAUAUCAAUCAGGAGAUGCAAGAGAUCAUGCAGCGAAAUCAGCGUCACUAAAGAUACUGGAUGCCAUUCUUCAGGAGACGGAGGAUCUCGAUACCGUGAUAUCACUUGCAGUUCGGCAGCAAAAUUCAACCCUGGAGAGAAGCCUUUGGAUCAGAGCGCUCAAAUUGGUACAAAUUCACAACAUCUUCUUGCGAAUUUCACUCGAAGAAAGGCGAAUCGCCGAGUUCGUCAUGGGAGUGGCAGCUUGGCGCUACACUACGGGCGAACCGAAAUAUCUGUAUGGCUUCAUGAAUGUGGUGAGAGGUCUACCCUCCAACCAGCCCGGUCAACAACCUUCGCCUUUGAAAUUCAUCGUGGAGAAUAAUUUUCCAGUCGCUCUUUGGUGGCUACUAUCCAGCGGCCGCUAUCUUGGCGAAACGGAUAUAAAGGAGUGCGAGAAACUGACCCGCAGCGAAACAUCGCUAAAAGACAGCCCUCCAGAUGACGAGGUCCAACGGAUUCUCAAAAAUCCCCCUCCAAUACGUGCCCAGGUAUAUGACGGAGGUCGUCCUCAAUUUAAACAUGACCCACCAGCAAAGGGUUCGCUGAUUGCAACGCUCCUCGACUUCUCUGUAAAACCCCAUCAGGUCAAUCUCAAGCUCAGACGAGCCGACAUUGAUGAUUUGAUUCGAGCUCAUGGACCAGAGUCUAUCAUGGCAGAUAACGAAUUCCAUAAGUUCCAAGACUACAAAAAUAGCCUCUGGUCUUCUACCGGGACAACACCCGAAACAGAGCCACAGGCACACGGAAAAGAAACCAAAAAGACGGGGAAUGCAACAAAACGAAAGGUGGUUGGAAACAAAAAUGAUUCCAAGAAUGAGAAAAAGGGCAAUUCUUCAGAUUUUGAGCAAAGUUCCGCCAGCGGGGUGAAACACAAAUUCCGCUGGAUUCAUCUACCAAAAAACGACCUACAAUAUGUUGAGGAUCUCAUGGUUCGAUUGUCAGUUGAUAGAGGCAGGAGUAAUAGCGAACAUUUCCACUUAGCCGGGCUAGUGGAAAAAAGUUGGAUGGAGAUUCCUUCAGGGGGCAAAACCUUCUACAUGAGACCGAAUUGUCAGAUUGAAAAGUCCGACAAGGCUAAGAUGCUGAGUCUUUAUGUGCCAUACAUAUUCUGGAGAGACGCACCUGCAAGAAAUGAAGUCAAGCCCAGCAUCCGUAAAGGAAAUCCUGACUACCCUGGUAAUGGCCCAUCCUCAAAGUUCAAGUUUACAUCCCAAUCUCCAGAUUCGAAAAACACAGAAAAAAGGACAGGGAAUAUGACACUCGAAACCGCAACAAACCAGCCCCAGGGCCCUCGAAAUAGUGCCAAUCAUGAUCGUAAGCACAACCAAGAAGAUCUCGAUAAAACCGUUCAGCUAGAUCCAUAUUGGCCACAAUCCGAGGAAAGCAUUGGAAAGCGAGUCAUUCACAAAGAUCUCACUCUCGAUCAAUACUACUACGAGUCGCUCCAAGACACCAACAGCCGGGAUUGUUCUCAGGUACUUGGACGGCUGUUUGAUCAUGAAUCAACCAAGACGGACAACAAAGGGAAUCCAGCCGGCCAGUCUGGGAAAAACACAAUUAUCACCAGCACCACAGAAGAGAGCAAGGAUAUCAAAAAGACAUUCUUUCAACGUGUCUUUGACAACAUCCACCAGACUGAUCUGGACAAGCUUUACGAGGACGACAAACACUCACCGGUGAUAUAUCACCUUGCUGAUAUCAUCAUGGACACGGCUAGAGGUUUGUUCGAUGCUCGGGAUAUUGAGCUCAAUAAUUCAGAGGAUAGCGGGAUAUCGCCUUUUGAUGCUUACCGGAAAUCAAUCCAGAGAAUGCGCGACUAUGAGAUAAAGCUGUUUACCAAAUUCCGCGAAGCCUUGGACAAGACCAAUUCGAAGAAGUCGCAAACUAUCCCUCAGCGGUUCCUUGCGUUUUGGCGGAGUUCCCGAACACCCAACAAGCCUAGAGAAGGGAGAGACAGGGUGGAGAUGGGGAAUAAAAUUGAAGGCAAUUCAGACAUCUCAGACGAUUUGGGGAAUCCAUACGAGAAUAUCCUAGACGAGACCCGGCUAUUGGAGGAGAUCAAAGAUGUCUUGGAUGAGUUAAAUAUACUGAAAGCCCUAUCCCAGGACCAAGAACGUGUGGAUAAUGCCUGGAAAAGAGUCGCAACUAAGGUGAAAAUCAGUCGAGCUGUCAGCGCGUCUGAGAUUAAGAUUGAAGUUGAGAGUAUGAUUGAAGAUGCAAAGAGUGUUCAGGGUGAUAUCAACUCAUUGCUAGAUCUGAAGCAAAAGGAAGCUGGCAUUGUCGAGGCACAAGCUACACGCAGGCAAAGUGAUACUGUGAUGACAUUCACGAUUGUCACCAUAAUUUUUCUACCCGCGUCGUUUUUGACGAGUCUUUUUGCCUUGAACGUUUCCGACUUUCCUCACCAGAAUGGUAGCGUUGAAUACAAAGGAUCAUGGAUAUUUCCCAUUAUCUUUGGAGUAUCUACUGCCAUAUCUGCAAUCUUCAUAGCUCUUGCGUUUAACACAAAUGGGCUGAAGAGGUACACACAUAUCUCAAAGGAGAACAUGAAGGAGUCUUCGCGGGCUCGGAUAAAAGGAAUCUUUGGGGUACGAGGUGAUGGCACUGGAGAGCAACGAAGUCAAGUGUAA